UUCUUCCAAAGCAAAGAUGGCGAUUCAUUUCUCACGAUGGAUUAUUGUAGCCGCCGUUGCAAGCAUAAUCAUUUCUGCGUUUGUCGUAUGUUCUGAGGCCAGACCGUCUGAAGGGGCUCUUAUUUCUCGAAUUGCAUUUGGAUCCUGUGCCAACCAGAGUGCUGCUCAGCCAAUUUGGGAUGCAAUAAUUGAUUUUGAUCCACAUGUUUUUAUCUGGCUGGGUGAUAAUAUUUAUGGGGAUAUUAGACGCCCUUUUAAAUUCAUUGGGAAAGAAAGGACAAUUGGGCCAUGGAAGAAUGUUCCAAGGUUCAUUCCUUCAUCGGAUCAUGAAAUGCAGACAAGAUAUGAUAAGGCGAACAAGGUUGAUGGUUAUUCUCGUCUACGAAAGAAUACAAAGGUAAUUGGCACAUGGGAUGACCAUGAUUUUGGAUUGAAUGACGCAGGAAAGGAGUUUGACAGAAAGGUUGCUAACCAAAAACUCAUGCUUGAUUUCCUGGAUGAACCUCAAGAUAGUCCACGGCGCAAACAGGAAGGUGUUUAUACAUCAUAUACAUUUGGCCCAUCAAGUAGGCAAAUCAAGGUUAUAUUAUUGGACACCAGAUAUCACAGGGACGCUUUGGGUAGUGAUGGGUGUAUUUUGGGAGAUGUGCAGUGGACAUGGUUGGAGAAACAGUUGAAGGACCCUGCUUCAGCCAUCACUAUAAUCGGAUCUUCGAUCCAGGUUAUAUCCAAUCUCUCAGCUGUCACCCGUCCUCUAUUUUCUACAGAAUCAUGGGGGCGUUUUCCUAAGGAGAGACAACGUCUAUUUAAAUUGAUUGCUGACAGUAAGAGGGCUGGUGUUUUCUUCAUCAGUGGAGAUGUUCAUUUUGGAGAAAUAAAUCAAUUUGACUGUGUGAUUGGGUAUCCCCUCUAUGACAUAACCUCAAGCGGCCUUACUCAAGCCGUAGAAAAUACAGUUCCUUCAGCUUUGCAUUUCCUUGUGAGGUUCUUUGCGUGGUUUACACCAACCACAAUGAGAAUCAUUAAUGAAGAAUGCAGAUAUAAGUCUUGCACAUAUGCUCGGCCAAAUUUUGGAAUCAUAGAGAUAAACUGGGAAGAUAAUCCAGUGAACUUGAAAUUUGAAGUGAGAGAUACUGAUGGAUUGCCUGUUACAAGUGUGCAUACGACAUUAACUGAACUCGGAGGUCAAAGAUUUGAUGCUGAGGCCAUCUUAAAUAAAAGGAAACACCAGAAACAUUGCAGUCUUGAAGUUUCCUUAUCCUGGAUUGUUAGAUAUCGAUUAGCAAUCUUUUUCUUCUGUUCUCUAGCUGGUGUGUCCAUUGUUCUUCUAGGCCUUGUUGCUGUGGUUGUCUCUGCAUGUUUGUGUUGCAUACGUAAGCGCAAGGUCGAUUGAGAUGCAAGACUAUGCCAAUUUCACACAACAAGACUAUGCCAAUUUCACACAACAAGACUAUGCCAAUUUCACACACAACAGAAAGCACACAAGUUAAUCUCAUGGGUUGCAACAUUGUUAAGAGGGGACAAGAAAGCAGUAUAUUUGCCUCACUUUGGGAGCACCUAUAAAUUUACUUGCAUCUGCAAUUAAUGGGUUUGAGUUUUGCUGACAUCCGUUUAUAAUUGUUGACCUCACCGACCAAGGUGGUUCAUUUUAACUAUUUGUUUUAAUUGGAUAUAUGAUGAAGCUUUUGAUAAUGUAUUAGUUCAUAUUCU